AUGGACAGCAGGAAGGCGCCCCCCGGCGGCAAGAAGGCAGAGGUGCAGCCCUCCCGGGAGCCCGGGCAGUCCGCUUCCCCCGCGCCCAGGACGGCUGCCUGGGGCCCGCCCGGCGCCCAGAGCGGCGCUCAGCAGGGACUGCAGAUGCAGGACUGGGUGUGUGAGCCGCCGCCGCGCGGGCGCCCGAGCCGCCACUGGAGCGUCAGCAUCGACGAGCGCCGGCGGCUGGCCGUGCUGGGCGCCCGGGAGAGGCCGGACGUCGCCAGGGACUCCUCCCGCUGCACGGACAUCGCGCAGAUGGUGGCUGAGCUGGUGUCCGAGGACGUGGACAGAGACGUGCUGCUCCCCCAGCCGCCGCGGUCCGUGGCGUCCACGAACGCCUUCCAAGCCUUCCUGACCCGGAGCGCGCCCUUCUGGCAGCACGCGACUGUCCAGGCCCGGACCUCGAGGCCGCCCCCCCCCUUAAGAGCCUGCUCAGCCCAGCGUCUGGCGUCCGGCGCGUUUCCUUGGGGCCUAGGGGUGGGCAGUGGGCAGCCCUGUCUGCGUGGCACCAGGGAGCACUGA